AUGACCUCACAGUGGUGCUUCACCUGCUGCAAAGAGUGUCCCUUGUUUGGGCCAAGGGCGAUGACAGACAUAGAAGUUGCAGGCCUGCCCUGCACAGAUGCUUCAAUGUGCGGAUUGCGCAGGUUUGAGAAUGGCCCAACUGCACAGGUCUUUCUUGCACAUUGCAAGAUUCACUUGGAGCGGCGAACUCCGAUGAUGAUAAUCGAAAAUGUGCCGGAUGUGCACAUGGGCAUGCUCCGAAAGAUAUAUGGCCAAACCUAUGAUCUCUACCCGAUUUAUGUGCAGCCUGCAGAUUUGGGACACAAUGGAACAGCCAGAUCACGAGUCUAUGUGUUGUUGGCAAACCGGGAGAAGGUGAGGAAUACCUAUGAUUGCCAAGAACUUUACCAGCGUAUCUCAACUCGUAUGAAAUCGGUGGCAUCCACGAGCCCAAGGGACUAUUUUGUCGCGACUAAGCUGGACAUCAGGUUGGAAGCAGAACGAACAGCACUGGUCCGCAAGAUUAAGCUCAAGCCCAAAGCGAUGAAGCUGCACUAUUUGCUCAAUGCACGGGAGAAAGAAGCCUUGAAAGUCUUCAAGCAGAUGUACCAAAAUAAAUAUCACCAACGGGCUGAGGACAACAAGGACUUGAUUUUUUUUGGGGGGGGACAACCCCAAACACCAAGUAUCUUGGUCAGCUGCGUCGAAUCGCGUUCCAACUUUGAGAAUGAACGCUGGCAAGUUAUGGAUAGCAUCCAAGCACCGAUGGAUGACGCCUCGGGAGAAGUUGGCAACACUAGGAAUGCCUGUUUGCCCAUCUCAAUCAUUGGCGAUGGGCGUGCCGCAGUUGCCGAUUUGCGACCCGCGUCGCGCAUCCACGAUUGCGGGCAACUGCAUGCAUUUCUCUUGCAUCAGUGUGAUCCAGAUGAUUGCACUCACAUGCUUUGCAUCUGUCCAGUAAGGCCCAGCUGGAAGGCUCAUGCAACGUUUGCAAUUUGUGCAGGAACUAGUUACUAG